GGGUACCCAGCCUCCGAGGACGCCCAGAUGUACAGAGAUAUCGCUGACGUACUCCUAGACGGGGAUGACUUCUGCACCAUCAACUUCAAGAAGGUGUCGUACGACACCACCAACGGUAGCACUAUUUACAACAGUCUAACUGCCGGUACGUUGCGAGGCUCAGCCAGAAGAAAUUCUGACAACCAGUUCACCACCGUGACAAUCGGUCCUUAUAUAGACAUGUUCACCUCGAAGUAUGUCAUCAUUAAUCAACGUCACAUACUGACGUCAUCAGCCGGUCAGAGGGCGAAAGAUUCCGAGAGUGUAGUCUCGAUACUUCCGGAACAACACAGUCUAUCCGUUGCUGUGGCGACCAUUGCCAAACGGUUGAAAUGGAACAACGUCGCCCUUCUGUCCCAAGACGACUUUUCCACAGUGUUGACACUGGGGAUUCACGGUAUUGAUGUGUCCCCGAUCCGGCUUCCCUCUCGGAUCGCUUCGGAUGAGGAUGCGGAGCUCGUGCACAACCUGAUGGGACUCCGGGCGUCUCAGAAGGAUCGUAUCAUCCUUCAUUCGUCGAAGCGAGACACCGUCACACAUGUUAUGAGAGCUAUUGCCAUGAGCCAGUGUCAGGUCACGGGUCAGAUUGCCAUGAGCCAGUGUCAGGCCACGGUCGUUGGCCGGUGUUCCUUACUGAAACUAUUCGUCUUUAAGGAUUUUGAAGACAUCAUCAACGACGAGAAGUCAUGGCCCGGCACCAUAUUUGGACUGCAACUACUACGGGAGAAGAAGGUCCCAGAAAAUGUGUCACAGAUUGCCAGGAUGCGCAGCAAGACGAGACUUGAGAUGGGUCUGGCUGUGGAUGUCGUGGGUCUUCUACGGCAUGUCCUUCACACAAAGAACUGCAGGAAGCAACCCCCAGCUGAUGACGUCAUGAUCGCGCGAGAAUUCAAUCACACUUUGGCAAAGGUCUCUCCUUACCAGGGGGCGCUGGGGCAGUACAUGUGGCACAACCGUGACCGCAGCAACUACUCCGUCGACAUUCUGCGCUACAGACAGAGUCUGAAAACGGUUGGGAAGUGCACUUUCAGCAAUGGUACGGCGAAGAUUCGGAUGAAGAACGCUACCGUGUAUGACCGCACCAGCGGAGACAGACAGUGGGUCGAGAAACUGAGAGUCGUUGCUCGUUUGCGUGAGCCCUUUGUGAUGAAGACCUUCGAGGGGAAGUACGAGGGUUUCAACGUCGACCUACUGGAGAUGAUCUCCAAGAAAGUCAACUUCACGUAUGACAUCUACGACGUGGAGGAGGGUGCCCACAUCAACAAGUCAGACACUAUGGUGACGGAGCUCCUCACCGGGAAUGCAUCCAUGGCUGUGGGGGACCUGGAGGUGACGGCCGAGACGGAGGAGGUGAUCGCCUUCUCCCACACCAUCCUCUCCACCACCGCCAGCAUCCUGUCCAGGAGGGCCACCAACACCAGGACAUAUUUCCUCUUCCUCGGACCCUUCUCUAUGGGUUUAUGGUUCAUGAUCCUGGGGUUCAUCAUGGUGGCAGGAACCGCCUUGUACACCAUGAGCCGGUUCGACUACACCCAGGAGAACAGCGAGCAGAGGUUCGACCUCAAGGAGAGUAUGUGGUACUCAGUCAAUGUGCUACUGCAGGGCACAACAGAGUAUUCCCCCCAGACGACGUCCAUGAGGACCAUCAUCGCCUUCUUCUGGUUCUGCGUCCUCAUCAUCGACGCCGCCUACACCGCCAACCUGGCCGCCUACCUCACUCUACAACAGAUAGAUAACAGGAUCCGAACAGUGUAUGACCUGGCCGGUCAGACGGAGUUGCUGUAUGGUGUGAGGAUGAACAGCAAUCUGAUGACCUUCUUCGAAAAUGCCAAGGAAGACCCGUAUGAACGUAUGUGGGCAUUUAUGAAACUGGAAGGCACGUUGUGGUCUGACACCGACAUGAUCAUCCAGUCGGUUAAGGAAGGGAAAUUCGUGUUCAUUGCUGAGAAAGUCGUCAACGACUACUACGCAUUAGGUCACUGUGAACUGGAGUCCAUUGAGCAGAACUUUGCUCAGAAAGACUUCAGUCUAGGCUUUCCACGAGGAGCUCCUUACAAGGACGAUGUCAACAGAGCGCUGCUGUCUCUGAAGGAGGAAGGAAAACUGGACACGCUCAUUAAGAAAUGGUGGACUUCCCGUAGCAACUGCACCACCGACACGGACACACGGUCAGUCAAAAACAAGGCCACCAAGGAACUGGAGCUCACCCACAUGUACGGCGUCUUCAUGGUGCUCGGCGCAUUCGUUGUCCUCGCCCUCUUCGUUGAAGUCAUUGAGAGGAUCCACAUGUGUUUCGAGGUCAGGAGGAAAAAAAAGGAGAAAGACGUGAAGGAAGACCUGCAGAGACCGACGACGUUGAGCGAGGGGUUCCUGCCGCAGGCUGUUGAUGCCGCCGUCGCCGAUAUUGACAAGAAGGAAUACUGA